AUUAGCGAUUGGUAAGUGCAGUUGGAGGCUGCUUCAUCUUUAGAAGGAGUUCACAGUUGACAGUUGAACAAGACAUGGAGGGAACAAGACACAACCAGCAUCACGUUGAUGAUGACGAUGGCGGCGAGGACCAGUGCCAGUGGCGUCUCUACGAAGCUUACAACGAGCUGCACGCACUCGCCCAGGACCUCCACACUCCCUUCGACGCCCCCGCCGUCCUCGUCGUCGGCCACCAGUCCGACGGCAAGAGCGCACUCGUCGAGGCCCUCAUGGGCUUCCAGUUCAACCAUGUCGGCGGCGGCACCAAGACCCGCCGCCCCAUCACCCUCCACAUGAAGUACGACCCCAAUUCCCAUUCCCCUUCCUGCUUUCUCGUCUCUGACUCCGACCCUUCGCUUUCUCACCACAAGUCCCUUCCCGAAAUUCAGGCUUAUAUUGAAGCUGAGAAUGAGAGGUUGGAGCGUGAUUCUUGCCAAUUCUCUGCUAAGGAGAUAAUAAUUAGAGUGGAGUACAAGUAUUGCCCCAACCUUACCAUCAUUGACACUCCUGGACUCAUUGCUCCUGCUCCUGGUCGAAAAAAUAGGGCAUUGCAGGCCCAUGCGCGUGCCGUCGAGUCUCUGGUGCGAGCCAAAAUGCAGCACAAGGAGUUUAUUAUAUUGUGCCUUGAAGAUUGUAGUGACUGGAGCAAUGCUACUACAAGGCGCGUUGUGAUGCAGAUUGAUCCUGAGCUGUCAAGGACUGUAAUUGUCUCAACUAAGCUAGAUACUAGGAUACCUCAAUUUGCCCGCCCGUCCGAUGUUGAAGUUUUCCUUUCACCACCUGCAUGUACCCUCGAUGGCUGCAUUCUGGGUGACUCUCCCUUCUUCACGUCUGUGCCUUCUGGAAGAGUUGGUUCUGGAAGUGAUUCUGUAUACAGGUUCAAUGAUGAAUUCAAACAGGCUGUAUGCUUUAGAGAGAUAGAGGAUGUUUCAUCUUUGGAGGAGAAAUUGGGAAGGUCAUUAUCAAAGCAAGAAAGAAAUAGGAUAGGUGUGAGCAAACUUAGGUUGUUUUUGGAAGAGAUGCUAAAACAGAGGUAUAUAAAUAAUGUUCCAUUGAUCAUUCCACUUCUUGAGAAGGAGUACCGAAGUGCAACAAGGAAAUUGAGCGAUAUAAAUCAAGAACUGAGCUCACUUGAUGAAGUAAAACUGAAGGAGAAAGGAAGAACUUUUAAUGAUCUAUUCUUGACCAAGUUGUCGUUGCUACUUAAAGGGACAGUAGUUGCACCUCCUGAUAAGUUUGGUGAAACAUUACAAGAUGAGCGAACAAAUGGAGGUGCAUUUGUUGGUGCUGAUGGUGUUCAGAUCCCUCACAAGCUAAUACCUAAUGCUGGGAUGCGCCUUUAUGGCGGUGCACAAUAUCAUCGGGCAAUGGCUGAAUUUCGUUUUGUCGUUGGAGGAAUCAAGUGUCCCCCUAUUACUCGGGAGGAAAUAGUAAAUGCUUGUGGUGUUGAAGAUAUUCAUGAUGGAACAAACUACUCUAGGACUGCUUGUGUAAUUGCUGUUGCAAAGGCUCGUGACACAUUUGAACCAUUCCUUCAUCAGUUGGGUUCUAGAUUGUUGCACAUACUCAAGAGAUUGCUUCCAAUCUCUGUUUAUCUUCUUCAGAAAGAUGGUGAGUACCUGAGUGGCCAUGAGGUGUUCCUCAGGCGCGUUGCUUCCGCCUUCAACAACUUUGCAGAAUCUACUGAAAAGUCAUGCCAUGAAAAAUGUUUGGAGGACUUGGUAAGCACCACACGAUAUGUCUCAUGGUCUCUCCACAAUAAGAGUCGGGCUGGAUUACGUCAGUUCUUAGAUUCAUUUGGUGGAACAGAACAUUCCAAUGUUAAUAAUAAUCCUACAGCAACUACUUUGCCACAAACAAUUCCACAAGAGAAAGAAGACACAAGGCCACAACCAGAUGUAAAGCUCAGCCAUUUGGCCUCUGGCACUGAUUCAAGCACUUCUAUUCAGACAACAGAAACAAAGCUUGCUGACCUUCUGGAUAGCACACUUUGGAAUCGCAGGCUCGCUCCUUCAUCUGAAAGGAUUGUUUAUGGUUUGGUGCAACAAAUAUUUCAUGGCAUUAGAGAGUAUUUCUUGGUUUCCACAGAAUUAAAGUAUAACUGUUUCCUUUUGAUGCCCAUUGUGGAUAAGUUGCCUGCACUUCUUCGGGAAGACCUAGAGUCUGCUUUUGAGGAUGACCUGGAUAAUAUUUUUGACAUAACUAAUCUGCAGAACUCCUUGGGACAGCAGAAGAGAGAUAUGGAAAUUGAGCUGAAAAGGGUAUUUCGUAAUUCAUGUGACAUGGUUUUUGUUGAGAUCAGGAGGCUCAAAGAGAAGUUCAGGAUGAUACACGAGCAGUUGAUUCUACAUCUAGCAAUCUGAGUAUGUGAUUAUGUCAAUCCAGUGCCAGAACUUUGGGAUAUCAUUUUAAAGUGAAAUGUGCAUGCGGUUGUAAGAUUUAUGAGGUUUGAGAUUUUUCAUUUCAUCCUAUUUAAUGCUUAUUUAGUGUUUGUUGUAGUCUAAGGAUGAACGGAUAUCAUUUUGAAAAAUCCUUUUCACUCCAGCUAAUUAAAUAAUUUUUCUUUAUGGCAUCUGUAAGCAAUUGGAUCUAUUCCUGUGCAGAGGAUUAUAACACACUGCGAAUUUUUUCUUUCCCCUCUUGUGAGUUGCAAAUAUUAAGCUAUUAUAUGUUGUUUGUGCGUGUGUGAACAGAGGCAUAUAAUGCUGGAUCAGUAUAUAUUCAAUUCAAUGAAUAAUCAUCACAUGUAUGCUUUUGACUCAUAAUUUCAGCCCCAAACUAGGUUGCAAAAUAUUUAGACUAGAUGGCUGAAACUAUGUCUAAUGGACAUAGCAUAUAGCGGAGAGUGAAUCAAUUCCUUUAACAGAAGACAAAUGGAUUACAUAAUCAUGGAACCGAUUUCCUUGAUAAGAUUACAAUGUUUAGCCCUGUGGCAUUGGUUCUAUAAUAUGCAUUACGAAAACAU